AUGGCCCUUAAGGAUCUCACCCUUGGUAGUGUGCUGCCCUCUGCACAACUUGGCACUACUUCCUCCUCAGAGGAUGAAGAGGAAGAUGAUGAUUAUGCAGCAAAGCAUGCCCAUCCAGAGGACCCAAUGAUGCCUGUGCCCAGAGAAACCCCAGAACGUCCUGAUGCAGACAAGAUUCAUCUGAAUAACAAUGACAUCAAAGUGACCUGCGGAACCCAAGAUGUGCAAUUAUCGAUCUUUUUGUGCCCAAUUUACUUUGCUGGCUACAAUGAGAGCCAAGUGGCUUUAAAUAAUCAAUUUGAUGACACCAAAUGCCAGGGAACAGUUGAUGCAUCGGCUUCUCCUCCUGUUCUCAAGUUUUCAUUUCCCAUCAGUGACAUUAACUCGACUUCCUGUGGAAACAAGCUGCUGAUCACCAGUGCUCAAGGAACGGGCGCUUUUAAAGACUUUUCAAACAUCCAGUUUGUCCAAGUCAGUGGUAUGAUAGAAACAAAUGACCCGGUAGCAAAUGUCAUAACAUAUAACCAGGAACUGUUGUAUUUGUAUUCCUGCUCCUACCCUUUGGAGUAUUUUAUCAAUGAUACUAGGGUGGAUGUGGCAGGAGUAAGUAUAGCCAUCAAGGAUAAUAAUGGUACUUUCAGGAGCACCCUCACUCUUCAGCUUUACAGUGAUGCAGCAUACACAAAUGCCUUGACUAUUCCAGAAUUUGGACUCACUUUGAAAACCAAGAUUUAUGUCGAAGUAAAAGCUAUCAAUUUAACCAACAAGUUCAAUGUCCUUCUUGAUCGCUGCUAUACUUCAACCUCACCUUUUCACUUAAAUUCUUCACAAACUUAUGAUCUCUUCAUUGGAUGUAAUAGAGAACAGCAGACCAACAUAGUGUCCAAUGGGCAGGAUCAAUUUGCAAGAUUCUACUUUGAGGCGUUCCGCUUCACUGAGCAUCGAAAUCUGUCUGUCUCUACCUUCUAUCUGCACUGCAUAACACGUCUCUGUGCACAAGCUGCUUGCAGUGACUUUUAUCAAUGUAACAGGAAAAAAAGAGAAGCACCACUUAUAGUCACUACUCCAGUACCGGUUAAAUUAUCUGAUCCUUCAAUAGUCAGCUCCAAACCAAUCACAACCAAGAAUGAUAAUGUGGUGAACACAAAUGGUGAUUCAGCCUUAGCUGCUCAACAAGCCUUAGGAGUGUAUACUGGACUGGGAGUUGGUUUGGGAAUCCUAGCAGUCAUCUGUAUUGUCAUGAUUGCAGCAGGUGUACUGGUCUACCGAAAAUCCCAGAAAAAAAACAACUUACCUUAG